AUGGCUUCCAUCCUCCGCGCCUCCUCGGUCUGGGUCUGCCUCUUCUUGCUCUUGGCGGCCGUGAAUGGCCAGGAUGACUUCGACAUCGGGGAGGAGAGGAAGACCCACCUGAACUUCUUCUUCCACGACAUCGUGAGCGGCCCCAAUGCCACGGCGGUCGCCAUCGUGCAGUCGUCCGUGAUGAACUCGACGGCCGGCCGCUUCGGCCUCGUCGUCAUGGUCGACAACGCGCUCACGGAGGGCCCCAACAUCUCCUCCAAGCUCAUCGGCCGAGCUCAGGGCUUCUAUGCCACGGCGUCGCAGGGGGAUCUCGCACUGCUGAUGACCAUGAACUUCUAUUUCAUCGACGGAGUCUACAACGGCAGCACGCUCGCCAUACUGGGGAGGAACAGCGCCGCCUCACAGACCAGGGAGAUAUCCGUCGUCGGCGGCACCGGCUACUUCCGCCUCGCGCAAGGCUAUGCCAUAGCCAAGACGGGCUCAUGGAACGCCACCUCAGGAGACGCCGUCGUGGAGUACGACGUCUACGUCGUCCACAAGGGGCCGGCAUCGGCGAGCACUUCGAACCCCGGUGGAGCUCCCGGUUCCGGCCAGACGUCUGCAGGCUCCCGGAGCACCGUUUACUUCCCCGUGCUGCUACUCCUCCAGGCGGCGUAUUUCCUCUGUUUCCUCGGGCAUUGA